UUACUAGUCCGUGUGGGCGUGGCUUGGCGGGCUAACGGCUCUGACGGUUUUGUUUUUUUUCACAUUGUUAAUUUAGUUAACCAUCACUCUCUAAUCUGCUGGGAAAGUCACAGUGUCUCUAUCAGACCAGAUCUGCACCUCAGGCCGACCACUGAGUGUGUUUUUAAGGAAGGCCUCCGUCAAGUCUCAGAGGAAGGAGACAUGGCCAACAAGUCUUUUCCUGGGUCCAAACAUGGCCGUGCCGAGGCCAACCAGACGGAGUCCAGCUGCUCACUGCAGGAGCUGCGCUCACUCAUGGAGCUGAGAGGAGCAGAGGCACUGACCAGGAUCCAGGAGUCUUAUGGAGAUGUUAACGGACUGUGUGCCAGACUGAAGACGUCACCUGUUGCAGGUUUAGAUGGAAACUCAGAGGACAUCGACAGAAGGAAACAGGAGUUUGGACCGAAUGUCAUCCCUCCUAAAAAGCCAAAAACAUUUAUGCGGUUAGUGUGGGAAUCGCUGCAGGACAUAACGCUCAUCAUCCUAAUGGUGGCUGCCAUCAUUUCACUAGGCCUUGCUUUCUACAAACCACCAGAAGCUGACAGACAUAACUGUGGCUCAGCAGCUGGCGAUGUACAUGAGGAGGGCGAGGGAGAGGCCAGCUGGAUCGAAGGCGUUGCCAUCCUGCUAUCAGUCGUUUGUGUGGUCCUGGUAACAGCCUUCAAUGACUGGAGCAAAGAGAAGCAGUUCCGCGGCCUUCAGAGCCGCAUUGAGCAGGAGCAGAAGUUCACCGUGGUCCGAGGGGGGCAGGUUAUUCAAAUCAAAGUGUCCGAGAUUGUCGUCGGUGACGUUGCACAAGUAAAAUAUGGUGACCUCCUCCCUGCUGAUGGUGUCCUGAUUCAGGGCAACGAUCUCAAGAUUGAUGAGAGCUCUCUGACUGGAGAGUCAGAUCAUGUUAAGAAGAGUUUGGACAAAGACCCUAUGAUGCUUUCAGGUACCCAUGUGAUGGAGGGCUCUGGUAAGAUGGUGGUUACUGGUGUAGGUGUGAACUCUCAGACUGGAAUCAUCCUCAUGCUACUCGGUGCCAGUGAAGAAAGAAGCGGUGAUGACAAGAAGAAAGCUGAGAAAGAGGAGCGCAAGAAGAAAGAGAAGAAGCACAAGAAAAGGAAAAACAAGGUUGGAGUCACUGCGGAGACGCAGCCAGUCAAAGAGGAUGGACAACCGCAGAAGAUGAAGACAAAUCCUUCAAAGAAGGAGAAGUCAGUCCUCCAGGGGAAACUGACCAAGCUGGCGAUGCAGAUUGGCAAAGCAGGUCUGUUCAUGUCAACUCUCACCAUCCUCAUCCUAAUUAUUCGUUUCCUGAUCGACACCUUCUGGACUCAGGGAGUUCCCUGGUCCAAGGAGUGUCUGCCCGUCUAUGUGCAAUUCCUGGUCAAGUUCUUCAUCAUUGGUGUGACUGUGCUGGUGGUAGCCGUGCCUGAAGGUCUUCCUCUGGCUGUCACCAUCUCCCUGGCAUAUUCAGUCAAGAAAAUGAUGAAGGACAACAAUCUAGUCCGCCACCUUGACGCCUGUGAGACGAUGGGCAACGCCACGACGAUCUGCUCCGACAAGACGGGCACGCUAACCAUGAACCGCAUGACGGUGGUGCAAACCUACAUUGGAGGAUGCUACAACAAGAAGGUGCCAAAGCCGGACCAGAUCUCCGCCAAGAUCCUGGACCUGCUCGUCCAGGGCAUCGGGGUCAACUGCGCCUACACCUCAAAGAUUAUGCCUCCAGAGAAGGAGGGCGGGUUGCCUCGCCAGGUGGGAAACAAGACUGAAUGUGCCUUACUAGGACUCACCCUUGACCUGCAUAAAGACUACCAGACUGUCCGCAACAAGAUCCCAGAGGAGAAACUGUUCAAGGUGUAUACCUUUAACUCAGCGAGGAAGUCCAUGAGCACCGUGCUGAAGAACCACGACGGCAGCUACCGAAUGUUCAGCAAAGGGGCCUCUGAGAUCCUGCUUGGGAAGUGCAAUAAGAUCCUGACAGCCAGCGGUGAGGCCAGAGCCUUCAAACCUCGGGACAGAGACAAUUUGGUGAAGAACGUGAUCGAGCCGAUGGGGUCAGAGGGCCUGAGAACCAUCUGCCUUGCCUACAGAGACUUCCCCACCGCUGACGGAGAGCCAGACUGGGACAACGAGGGCCACAUCCUCACUGGCCUCACCUGCAUCGCUGUGGUUGGCAUCGAGGACCCUGUGCGACCUGAGGUACCAGAAGCCAUCAGAAAGUGCCAGCGGGCCGGGGUCACUGUCCGCAUGGUGACCGGAGACAACAUCAUCACUGCCCGUGCCAUCGCCGCCAAAUGUGGCAUCCUGCAACCCGGAGAUGACUUCCUGUGUCUGGAGGGCAAAGAGUUUAACCAGCGGAUUCGCAACGAGCUGGGAGAGAUUGAGCAGGAACGUAUUGAUAAGAUUUGGCCAAAGCUGAGAGUACUUGCCAGAUCUUCUCCAACAGACAAACACACUCUGGUUAAAGGAAUCAUCGACAGCACGGCGCUGGGGCAGAGACAGGUCGUUGCGGUGACUGGAGACGGAACAAAUGAUGGUCCCGCCCUCAAGAAAGCAGAUAUUGGCUUUGCCAUGGGCAUUGCAGGUACGGACGUGGCAAAAGAGGCGUCUGACAUCAUCCUGACAGACGACAACUUCAGCAGUAUCGUGAAGGCUGUGAUGUGGGGCAGGAAUGUCUAUGACAGCAUCGCCAAGUUUCUGCAGUUCCAGCUCACCGUCAAUGUGGUUGCUGUCAUCGUGGCCUUUACUGGAGCCUGCAUCAUCCAGGACUCUCCUCUGAAAGCUGUGCAGAUGCUGUGGGUCAACCUCAUCAUGGACAGUUUUGCCUCGCUGGCUCUCGCCACCGAGCCACCAACUGAGGCGCUGCUGCUCAGGAACCCGUACGGCCGCGACAAGCCACUCAUCUCCCGCACCAUGAUGAAAAACAUCCUAGGACACGCCGUCUACCAGCUGACUCUCAUUUUCACCCUGCUCUUCAUGGGUGAGAAGAUCUUUGAUAUUAGGAGUGGCAGGAAUGCACCCCUCCAUGCCCCGCCCUCUCAGCACUACACCAUUGUGUUCAACACUUUCGUCCUGAUGCAGCUGUUCAAUGAACUCAAUGCUCGCAUGAUUCAUGGCGAGCGGAACAUCUUUAAAGGCAUCUUCAACAACCCCAUCUUCUGUUCCAUCCUCGUGGGAACCUUCCUCGUACAGUUUGUCAUUGUGCAGUUUGGUGGUAAACCGUUCAGCUGUGUGAGUCUGAACGUCGAGCAGUGGCUGUGGUGUGUCUUUCUGGGACUCGGCAGUCUUGUGUGGGGACAGCUGGUGACCAGCAUCCCCAACAGCUGGCUGAAGUUCCUGACAACAGCAGGUCACGGCACUCUGCAGGAGGAGAUCCCUGAGGAGGAGAUUAAGGACCUGGAUGAGAUUGAUCACGCUGAGAUGGAGCUGAAGAAGGGAAAGCUGCUCUGGUGUCGCGGCUUCAACCGCAUCCAAACUCAGAUCCAUGUAGUGAAGGAGUUCAAAGACGGCGUGUCUCCUUACGCAAGUCGGGAGAGACUAGAGUCUCGCAGAUCCAUCCACAACUUCAUGACUCACCCCGAAAUAUGCAUCAAGGACUCGGAGCCUCAGAUCCCUGUCAUCAAUGAGGCCGAGGGAGAAGACAACGCCCCCACUAAACGAAACCUGCUGCUGCUGAACCCCCUGCCAUCUCUCCCAUCCUUGCCCAUUCAGACCGACACCACCAUGUAACGCAUCGUCCCGCUGCACAGGGACAGCUCCAGGUCCGGUCUGAUUCUGUCCAACUCAGCAAGGCUGCCGCUAUGUCUGGGGAGCCCCCCUGCACAACCACUUCCUGUGGUCUGUUUGUACUGAGUUCAUUCAAGGGUUUUGCUUCUUUUGAGAGAAGAAUGAAAAACAUUUUCAACACAGACUUGUCUGAUUGGUUCUCAUCAGGAGUUCACCUGCUGAUUUUUAAUGUUUCCAGGUUCUUUUAAUGUUUUUUAAUGUUUCUGUGUUUCCGUUCUGACACAGAUGGAUGUUUUCUUCUUUACUUUAAUAGACAUGAACUCUGCAGUUGUUGUUAAGGAGAAAAGUGUUUGUGAGGUGAUUAAUAAUCUUUUUCUGAUCUGUAAAUAUUGAUGUUGAUGUUCAGAUGUAGUCAGAGCUCGUUUCUGAUGUGAGCUGACGUGAUGAGUUCAGGUAGUUUUGUGUGGAAGAUUAACUUUAAGGAUCUGACUGAGAUGUUUUGUCAGUCAGCUGUAAUGAGGAGGGGGUUCUUACAGAUGUGUUUGUUGACAGAAAUGUGUAAAGUAAAUGUAGUAAAAAAAUUUCAAGUGUUUUUGUAAAACGUAUUUUAGCUUGUUUCAAAGAUGUAAAACUAAACAUUAUUAAAAGUUAAAAACAA